AAGGUUGUGAUUUCAAUAACAAUUCAUAAAAUCAAAACACGUGAGGGCGUAAAAGUUGAUCAACUGCUGUGUUGUUUGUUGCAGCUUAAUCUGUGGGCACAAGAAUAAUGUCAUCUUUCAGCCAGCGAUGAAAAUGAGCCCCCAUGUCUCUCCGCCUGUUUUGGGGGGGUUGUGCUGAAACCUGGCAACCCGUCUAUCAUCAGGCAGCAGCAGAGAGUGAACGGGAGAGUUGACAGGAGCAGCAACACUGCUCCGAGCUCACAGUAUUCAUGGAUUACCUCACUUAGAAGACAAGUCUCUGUUAGUUCUGACAGUGAGGGACAGCCUAUCAACGAUACCAGGUCCGCCACAGAGAGAAGCAGCAUCAGUGACUUCAGCAUGCCGGCCCUUUUGACUUAAACAGCUUGAAGACGACUGAAGUGACUGCUGUGUCAGACUGAGCUCUGGUCCACGGAGAGGGAGAUAUGGGGAACACAGCGACCAAGUUCCGUAAGGCUCUAAUCAAUGGGGAUGAGGUGCUGGCCUGCCAAUUGUACGAAAGCAACCCGCAGUUCAAGGAGGCUCUGGAUCCCAACUCCACAUACGGAGAGUCCUACCAGCACAACACUCCACUGCACUACGCUGCCCGGCAUGGCAUGACACGCCUACUCAGGUCUUUCCUUCUAAAAAAAGAUGGGAAUCCAAACAAGCGCAAUGUGCACAAUGAGACAUCCCUGCACCUUCUCUGCAUGGGCCCCCGGAUCCUGACCUCAGAGGGGGCACUGCAACCACGCAUCUCCCGGCCAGAUGAAGACAAACAUCGUCGGGCAGAAUGUCUACAAAUCAUCCUUGCCUGGACCGGAGCAAAGCUGGACCACGGAGAGUAUGAGAGAGCUGAUGUGAAUGCCACCGACAACAACAAAAACACCUGCCUGCACUAUGCUGCUGCCUCAGGCAUGAAGACCUGUGUGGAGUUUCUGGUGCAGAGAGAAGCGGACCUGUUUGCAGAGAAUGAAAACCGCGAGACUCCAUGUGACUGUGCAGAGAAGCAGCACCACAAGGAGCUGGCCCUGUGCCUGGAGUCACAGAUGGUCUUCUCUCUUGCCCCUGAGGCCGAGGGUAUAGAAGCAGAGUACGCAGCCCUCGACCGGAGAGAGAUGUACGAGGGUUUGCGGCUUCAGGAUCUCCGGAGGUUGAAGGACAUGCUGAUAGUGGAGACAGCCGACAUGCUGCAGGCCCCUCUCUUCACUGCAGAGGGGCUGCUACGUGCCCAUGACUGGGAUAGAGAGAAGCUCUUAGAAGCCUGGAUGUCCAAUGCGGAGGAAUGUUGCCAACGCUCAGGAGUACAGAUGCCCAACCCACCUCCAAGUGGCUACAAUGCCUGGGACACUUUACCCUCACCCCGGACACCACGCACUACCCGCUCCUCCAUCACCUCUCCAGACCAAAUUAGCCUCAUGCCUGCUGAUGAUGAGUCAUCUCUGUGUGGCAUCUGCAUGUCUUCCAUCUCCGACUUUGAAGAACCUGUUGACGUGUCCUGUGGCCACGAGUUCUGCAGGGCAUGCUGGGAAGGGUUUCUUAACCUAAAGAUCCAAGAGGGUGAAGCUCACAACAUCCUCUGCCCAGCCUUUGACUGCUACCAGCUGGUGCCUGUGGACGUCAUCGAGAGUGUGGUGUCUAGAGAGAUGGACAGACGCUACCUCCAGUUUGAUAUUAAGGCUUUUGUUGAAAACAAUCCUGCAAUCCGCUGGUGUCCUGAGGCGGGGUGUGAGAGGGCGGUAAGACUGAACACUCAGGGGCCUGGACACUCCACCUCAGAUCCUCUCAGCUUCCCCCUCCUUCGAGCUCCGGCUGUAGACUGUGGCAAAGGCCACCUCUUCUGCUGGGAGUGUCAAGGCGAGGCUCAUGAGCCCUGUGACUGCGAGACCUGGAAGAUGUGGCUUCAGAAAGUCAAUGAAAUGAAACCUGAGGAAUUGGCUGGUGUGAGUGAAGCGUACGAGGAUGCGGCCAACUGCUUGUGGCUGCUCUCAAACUCCAAACCCUGCGCCAACUGCAAGUCCCCAAUACAGAAGAACGAGGGCUGCAACCACAUGCAGUGUGCUAAGUGUAAGUAUGACUUCUGUUGGAUCUGUCUGGAGGAGUGGAAGAAGCACAGCUCAUCAACAGGAGGCUACUACCGCUGCACCCGCUAUGAGGUCAUCCAGCAGGUGGAGGAGCAGUCGAAGGAGAUGACUGAAGAGGCAGAGAAGAAGCACAAGAGCUUUCAGGAACUGGACCGUUUUAUGCACUACUACACACGCUUCAAGAACCAUGAGCACAGCUAUCAGCUGGAGCAGCGCCUGUUAAAAACAGCCAAAGAGAAGAUGGAGCAGCUCAGCCGAGCCCUGAGUGCAAGGGAAGGAGGCCCACCUGACACCACAUUCAUUGAAGACGCAGUCCUAGAACUACUGAAGACUCGCCGUAUCCUCAAGUGCUCUUAUCCUUAUGGGUUCUUCCUGGAGCCCAAAAGCACAAAGAAAGAGAUCUACGAGCUUAUGCAGACGGACCUGGAGAUGGUGACUGAGGACCUUGCACAGAAGGUUAAUCGGCCUUAUCUGCGGACGCCACGCCACAAGAUAAUUCGUGCUGCGUGUCUGGUGCAGCAGAAGAGGCAGGAGUUCCUGGCAUCAGUGGCCCGGGGAGUGGCUCCAAAUGACUCACCUGAGGCACCCAGACGCAGUUUUGCAGGCGGGACGUGGGACUGGGAGUAUUUAGGCUUUGCAUCACCGGAGGAGUACGCAGAGUUCCAGUACAGGCGGAGACACAGACAGCGGAGGCGGGGAGACAUGUCCAGUCUCCGUAGCAACACACCUGACCCUGAUGACCCCAGUGACAGCAUGUCAGACACACAGGACGUUGGACUUGGGCGGAGACAAGGACCUCUAAUGGCUCUGGGUUCUCUGGAUGAUGAUGACCCUAACAUUCUUCUGGCCAUUCAGCUAUCCCUCCAGGAGUCAGGGAUGUUAGGGAUUGGAUCACACCUCGACGUCCUUACCCAGGAAGCCUCACUGGGGGCUAUCGGCACCUCUCUGCCCUCGAGGCUUGAACAGAGUGCCCCAGGUGUAGAUGUCCUUCCCAGAGCUUCACUCAGCAGCUCUGAACUGCUGGAGCUGGGAGAUAACUUAGCCAGACUCGGCAACAUCAACAUCAGCAGCCAGUACUCUGCUCCUCCUGGUGUUCACACCUCUGUACAGCACUGUGACACUCCACAUCGAGCCUAUAGGGCCUCUGUGCCCAUACCAGUCGCUCCAGGCGGCAGCAACUCAUCCACGGGCCUCUUCUCAUCGUCCAGUGACACGUUAGACUCAACCACAUGUGGCAGCCAGGACCCAUCCUCCUCCUCUGCUUUAGCAGCAAAUGCCAACCUGCUGGGUAAUAUCAUGGCCUGGUUCCAUGAUAUGAAUCCCCAAGGUACCACUCUUGUCCCCCCCUAUUCCUCUGACACUGAUCCAGACCUUGGUGCACUCCAUGCAGGUGGAGGAGGAGCAGAGUUCCUGCAGGAUGACGAGAAGACUGGGAUGGUCCCGCCUGACAGCAGGAAACCUCAGGAAGUGAUGUUAGAGGCUGGUAUCUGCUCUCAGAGACCGGGUGCUGUGGAGGAGAAGGAGUGUGCCAUCGCUGAGAGGCCAACACAGUUAGACCUGGCGGGGCUGGACACCACACCUUACAUGGCCAACCUGGACCCGAGCGGAGACCGCACAAAGGCGUGCCAUGUGGACACUCCGCAGUGUGACUCUGGCUCAGACCAGCUGCCCAGCACCAGCUCCUCUGAGUGGGAGGAGCAGAUACACUUGGUAUGAAGUGAUGGCCUGAGAUGGAGAGAAGCUUUUAGGGAAAGGCCAAAUAAAACACUAAAGAUGGCAAAUGAAAUAGAGGAGUAUGAGUUGUAGCUUUUCAGGUGGAGCGGAGACAGAAUGAAGAAUGUUUUUAGGGAAGUUGGAGAAUUAUUAGAUUGGUAGCUUAGUCUAGCACUGCAGUGUAAGACGUUUCCUAUGAUCACUGUUUUGUCAGCCCCCAAACAAGCAGCCCUUGUGAAAGGAAGCACUAAUGGAAGGAGAGAUAACUUUUGAGGAUAACUUCCUUUUAUUGAUUCAGUAAUUGCUGAUAGUUCUGCAAAUGAGUAGCUUUUCUGAAAUCAUUUACAGACGUGUGUGUAGUGCAGGUAUUAUAUAUUCUUUUCCACUGGAGUAGAAGCCUACUGAAUGUGUCUGAAUCAGGUCUGACGCAGGUUCCUCAUCUGUACAUAUGAGCAGAUUACUGGUUUGCUCCAGCAUUGAACCUGUGGGGGACAGGCCGGGAAACACUUCUCACUCCUGUCCAAAUCUGCCUACGUAGAGGUGCCAAACACUGACUAACAAAAGCACAAUUUGCCGUCACCAAGUGGAUCCUUCAAAGCAAAUUGUGCCUGCUUAUCACAAUCUCAACGACUCAGCUGAACUUCAAUGUGAAAGUCUCGAGCCAUAUUUUUAUUUGAGAUUGCAGCUGAGUUUUUUUUUUUUCAAAUCUAGAAGCUGUAGCGUGCUGUGUAAAUCUGUAGUUCAGGACCAUAAUGGUUGUGUAUUUUUAUUAUGUGAAACAUUCUCAGUAAACAAUUGAGAUUAAUUAUUCAAAUGAAAAGCUGGUGGCCUGCCUGAGAACAUUUCCAACAAGACUUGACAAUGGCUUUUCAUCUCAGAGCCUCAAUCCUAACACACCUCCAGAGGGAAAUGUCUUGUGAUUGUCAGAAAUGAGAGGCACAGACAGACCCAGAGGGGUUGCUCAGUGUCACCCAGUUCGCUCUUUUCUGAAUCCCGCUUCAGCUUGCUUAAAUGAAUGUUUGAGCACUGCAGCUGGAUGUGAAUGUGGCAGACGAUGAGUAGUCUUGUUUAUAUACAGCAGGAAAGGCCACUGAAAGAGAUAAUCAGGCAAUCACGUUAGACUUCGGUGAGUUAAUGAAUCAAACCCAAGUCACUGUAAUUUAUCUCUGGGUCUUAUUUAAGUGAAACGUAAAUAAAGCCUUUUUAGAGCCCUGCAGGGGAAUGCAUGGAGAAUUCAUGAAUGUGAAUUGCUUCUCAAACACAUGGGGAGUCCAUGUGUUUGAAACAGUUCUCUACUCAGUUAGAGACACAGUGCCUUUCUGUCACUCACCAUAGCUCAUUUCUUUUUCACACUUUUAUUCUGAGUGCUAAUUAUUACACAGUAUUUACUGUGUAAACUCAACAAACACCUGUUACCUUAAAGUUAUUUCUCUCAUAGUGUGAACACAGGAGAUAUUGAUCUUCUUUUUCAUCUAAAUAAUUGUAGCAUGAGGCUUUUUGUUGGUUCUAGUCGUUUAACGUGAGUGGAUAACAGAUGUUAUAUGAACAGAUAAUGGUUGAUGUCCUACUUUCAAAUCGUGUUCCCAAAUAUUUUAAGAACAUUUCAUUUUGUCUUUUUCUGCAGAUGGGCUUCUCGCCCUACAUUUGAAAGCAGUUGGUUUUUCUGUGGUUUAGAAACUAAAAUCACUGUAUUGACUUUGGAGAGAGUUCACCUGCUGUGUGUGUGUGUAUCAUGUAUUUGGCCCUGAAGACACUAAAACCGAGGAAAGUUGCAAUAAAACAUAGAUAUUUAUUUAAAUUGAGUAGAGCCAUUAUAGAAAAUGGAUGUGAAUAACGGAUAAAACAUGAAAUACAUUGAUCAGUGUUCUUUGAGACUUUGAUUUCUUUUGUAGAGACUAGUGUCUGAAGUAAAUUACCUUCUCUUUUCUAUCAGACUUUAAGAGCCUCAUUAAACUUAAGAUAGUGAUUGCUUUGAAAAGUGUCUUGAAGUUGUGAAACUGUGAGUGCCAUAUGGUUAGUGGUUAAUGUUAGUGGGUUAAUAAACAGAGGAGAUAACGUGCGCUGCCCUCUUUGUGUUACAGUGAACUGUGCAUGAACUGGGUUGAAGACUAAAUGGACUUUUUACUUUGUCAGUCACCUCUGAAGUCCGGGUGGUUGUUUUUAAAACUGCAUCAAACAUUUUGUAACUCAUUGACAUUUUCUAUUGUAAAGCAACUAAUCCUUAAAAUGCUAUUUGCACUUUCAUAGUCUAUACUUGAUACAUUCCCUCUUUAUAUGAACAAUGUUUGAUGUGUUAUGCCAAUAAACUUGUGUUGAGUUUUA